UGUAAUGAUUGCUUGAUUUGUUUGGUUUGGAAUAUUUAAAAUUCCUUUUCCUCUUCGAGAAAAAUGUAACCAGGAAACUUUAUAGAUAUAUUUUGCAGAAUGUGUUAAUAUUAUAAGCCCUAGAAAUUCCGAAAUAAUAGGAGAAGCCAUAAGAAAAACUCUAGAAGUACUUUUACGAAAAAUGUCGAUGCUACCAAAGACCCUGUUAUAUAUGGACCAUGUUUUGAUUUGCUUCUUACUCACUGAGGUUUCUUAAAGAGCUGCACUGAGGCGCAGGAGAAAUAUAGAAGUGCCGAUAAGCUGUUUUAUAGUAAAAGUUAAAUGAUGGAAACCAAACUGGAAGAUGAUGUGCAAGAAAUAUGUGAAGUCGUUGAUAAGUCAUCUUAUAUUAAAACUGAAGGGAUUCAAAUAAAAAUGGAAGCAUUGGGAUACGCAGGAGAAACAUGAAAACAUGGAUAAGCCGUCUUUUAUUAAACUUGAAGAAAUUGAAAUAAAACUGGAAGAUGGUCAUGAUAUACAGGAGAAAUGUGAAAACAUGGACAAACAGGUUUAUAUUAAAUAUGAAGAAGAAAUAAAAGGAGAUGAUCAGACUAGUGACAUCUCAUCGGGCGACUUAAAUGGUGAAAACAGUGAAAAUAGAAAAACGCGCACUUUGGAAGAUAUAGAAGAAAUAAAGGAUGAAUGCAUGGAUAAAGGUGAGACAGAAUUCAACAAAAACUUCACGACAUCGAUGUUAAUUCGCAAGCUGUUAGGUAGCCGAAUAUACAAGUGCAACAGUUGCAGUUUCGAAACCAACUACAAGAGAAACCUUUAUAAUCAUCAACUGACACAUCAGAUUCUCUCGUACAAGUGUGAUACGUGUAGCUUCGAAACCAAGCGUAAAAGUUAUCUGAAGAAACAUCAAGUGUUGCACAAAGACCCUUCGGAAAUACGAAUGUGGAAGUGUGAUAGGUGUAGUUUCGAAACCAAGCACAGUAAUUGCCUAAGAGGGCACCAACUGUUGCAUUCUACAAAAGAUCAAUUGUACAAGUGCGACACGUGCACUUUUGAAUCUAAACACGUGAAUGAGAUGAAAGCGCAUCAACUGACGCACAGGAUCCCUUUGAAAAUCGAAACGUACAAAUGUGACGAGUGUAACUACGAAACUAAGCACGAGGGAUACCUGAAAAGACACCUGUUAACGCACAAGUAUUCUCCAGAAAUCCAAAUAUACAAAUGUGAUGCUUGCACCUACGAAACUAAGAACAAGAGCAACUUCAAAGUGCACCAGUUGAAACACAAAGAUAAUUCGGAAAUAAAAAUGCACAAAUGUACCAGUUGUGCAUAUGAAACUAAAUACAAGAACUGUCUAAAAGCUCAUCAAUUAAAGCACAAAGACCCGUCGGAAAUCCGAAUGUACAAGUGCGACACUUGUAGCUUCAAAUCUAAAUAUAAACGUUGUGUGAAAGAUCAUCAAGUGAAACAUGAGAAAACUUCUGUGGCACACGAGUGAGAAUGUGGCGCACGAAACUAUGGUCGCUACCACAGUUGCAUGUGACGUUACUUCAGAAAUGACAAUUGUUACUAGGUAAAGUAAUAAAACGUUAACAAUAUGGAUUUAUAUUUUAAAAAUUCAGUGAAAUUAAAUAGAUAUAAAACGUGUAUCACCCUAUACAUGAAGUAUCUUAACUAAGCCUUUUGCUACACUCCGUUGAUAUUUUUAUGUGAAAUAAAAUUUUAAAACGAUUGGAACACAAAAUUAAGAUUUUUUUAUUUGUGCAGAGAAACUUUUAAAAUGUCGAAUAACUAUCAAACAAUUAUAUAAAAUUAAUUAUAGGUUUAUUACUAAUACCUCGUGAUCUUUUUCUAUCAUCACCUUAUUUUGAUGUAUUGAUCUAUUGAGCUU